GCCUGGCAUUGACUGCCGCUAAGUGCUUUUGCACGUGAAGCUGAGUCACGAGUUGUAUAUCGUGACGGAAAAAAUAGCCGGACCUCGGUGACUUUCCCCUUAAAUGGCUAGAAUUCAUUUAACCUAUUGUACAAUGUCUGAUACUGUGCUUGCAUAUAUUUAUUGAAAUAUUUCGGUCGAGGUAAAAUAUUAAAAGUCAUUGAGAAAAUUAACAUUUAAUGAAAAUAGUAAUAAUGUGGGUGUUUGGUUAUGGCUCGCUCAUUUGGAAAGCCGAUUUUCCGUAUGAGAAAACUUUAGUUGGUCACGUCAAAGGAUACGUUAGGCGAUUUUAUCAGAAAAGUACAGACCAUAGAGGAAUACCCAGUAGACCUGGGCGUGUUGUUACGUUACUAUCUUCCGAUGAUUCUAACGAUGAAGUAUGGGGCAUUGCAUAUAAAAUAUCAUCACGAAACAUAAAUAAAGUUGUCAAACAUUUAGACUACAGAGAAAAAGGAGGUUAUGAAAGAAAAAGCGUUCUUUUUUAUCCAUCUUAUUCGAUAGAAAAUAUUGGAUCACAUUUGUUAGCAAAUGAUGCUCCCCAGGGCAAUUUAAAAAAUACAAAACUGUUGCCAACAACUUUGGACGACAAGCCAUUUUACAUUACAAUUUACAUAGGUGGCAAAGAUAAUCCAAAUUAUGCAGGCAUAGAAGACAUACCUACAAUAGCAAAACAGAUACUUGUAUCUCAUGGUCCUAGCGGAGCUAAUACAGAAUAUUUGUACGAAUUAGCCUCUGCGAUGCGAAUAAUUGCACCAGGUAUAUACGACAACCAUUUAUUUACCUUGGAGUCGACUGUAAGAAAACUAGAGGCAGAACAAGAUACAACAAUAAAAUAAAAUUAAAAUUUAUAUAAGAACAAAGACAAAUAAGAUAUCUAUUUAUUAGAAAACUAACUUAUUUAUUCCUUAAUAAAUAAUGUGAUAAAAUAAGGUUUUGUAUUUAAUGUGCAAUAAAAUAGACGAGUUACAUGUACUAUGUA